AUGUCAGAGUGUGAGGAGGAGGAGGUCAGAGUGUGUGUAGAGGAGGAGGAAGAGGAGGAGGAGGUCAGAGUGUGUGGAGGAGGAGGAGGUCAGAGUGUGAGGAGGAGGAGGUCAGAGUGUGAGGAGGAGGAGGAGGUCAGAGUGUGUGGAGGAGGAGGAGGUCAGAGUGUGAGGAGGAGGAGGAGGUCAGAGUGUGUGGAGGAGGAGGUCAGAGUGUGUGGAGGAGGAGGAGGUCAGAGUGUGAGGAGGAGGAGGAGGUCAGAGUGUGUGGAGGAGGAGGUCAGAGUGUGUGGAGGAGGAGGAGUUCAGAGUGUGAGGAGGAGGAGGAGAUCAGAGUGUGUGGAGGAGGAGGAGAGUCAGAGUGUGAGGAGGAGGUCAGAGUGUGUGGAGGAGGAGGAGGUCAGAGUGUGUGUGGAGGAGAGUGUGAGGAGGAGGAGGAGGUCAGAGUGUGGAGGAGGAGGAGGUCAGAGUGUGUGUGGAGGAGGUCAGAGUGUGAGGAGGAGGAGGAGGUCAGAGUGUGAGGAGGAGGAGGUCAGAGUGUGUGUGGAGGAGGUCAGAGUGUGA